GUGGCAGCCUUAUUGUGGAGGGGUGGGGGUGUAAACCUAAAAACGGUACCUCCAUCUGUAAACCCUGACAACCCUGUUAGACUCAAUUUAACACGGAACAAACCUGCCGACUCUGCAUCUGUUUCAUCAUGUUAUCCAUGCCCGCGCGUGUGUCUGGUGACAGUUAUGAGGAUUGUCAGGCCACAGCUGAUUGGCUGCUGUCCAGAACAAAGGUGCGGCCAACUGUGGGAAUCGUGUGCGGUUCAGGUCUGGGGGGGCUGGCUGAGAUCCUCAAGGACCCAGAGGUCUUCAAAUACAGUGACAUUCCCAACUUCCCCCAGAGCACGGUGCAUGGUCAUGCUGGCCAGCUGGUGUUUGGAACACUAAAAGGGAAGCCGUGUGUUUGCAUGCAGGGCAGAUUCCACCUGUACGAGGGUUACUCCAUCCAAAAGAUCACGCUACCCAUGCGUGUCUUCAAGCUGAUUGGUGUGGAGACGGUGAUCCUGACCAACGCAGCUGGAGGCCUCAACCAGAACUACAACGUGGGAGACAUCAUGAUCAUCAAGGACCACAUCAACAUGCCAGGGUUUGCUGGAGUCAACCCGCUGACUGGACCAAAUGAUGAGAGGUUUGGCGUCCGCUUCCCCAGCAUGUCUGACGCCUACGACCGCAAGCUGCAGCAGCUGGCACAUGAUGUGGCAUCAGAGCUGGGCUACAGCAACUUCCUGCAGGAGGGAGUAUAUUGCGUCCUGGGAGGUCCCUGCUUCGAAACCAUCGCUGAGUGUCGCAUGCUGCGCAGUCUAGGCGCUGAUGCUGUUGGGAUGAGCACUGUCCACGAGGUAAUCGUUGCCCACCACGCCAGGAUGCGUUGCUUCGCCCUGUCGCUGAUCACCAACAAGUCAGUGAUGGAGUACGACAGCCAGGAGAAGGCCAGCCACGAAGAAGUCCUGGAGACGGGCAGGAUGAGGGCUGAGAAACUGGAGAAGCUGGUGUCUACCAUGGUGGCUCGGCUGGAGCACAACCCCUCCUCCCAGUGAACAUGUCACUUACACCACUGUACCUGGUCCCAGGUCAGCUGUCCUGCUUUAUCGCGAGAGGAUUUAUAAGAUGGUUGUUAGAACACUAACAAAGAUGAAGAGUUUUAAACAGCCAAAAAUGUUUCCACUGACUGUUACUUGAGUCUAGUCUUAAAAUCCUGGAAACUGGUCCACUUUAUUAUACACUUCUUUCAGCAAGUUACAUCUUUAGCGCAAUAGCUCUUUGGCAAAUCCCUGCUGUGAUAUACUAUUCAACUGGCGGCCCGCGGGCCACAUCCAGCCCAGAAGCAACCGCCGAGUGCCCAACAUACAUAAAUCUGAUAUAUGACAAAACAAGUAAACUAAAGAUAUAUAGUGUAUUGAAGUAGUGAGCCAUCUCGCUUCCUUCUCAUCUCUGUUGAGAGUUGCACAUGUGCAGUACCGAUCGGGCAGGAUGUUUACGGAUGUAGCGACACCGCCAAUCAGCUUUCACAAAUCAACAUUUCCUCAUGUGAGUUCCGACCACGCUUAGUAGCUUUUUAGUAGCUUUUAGUAGCCUGCUAUUUUUUACUACAUUCAUUUGCAUUUGUUUAAAAUUUCUCAUUACCAAAAACUUAAAAAAAAAGGUUUUAAAUAGGCUGCUGAAAAUGUCUGGCCCAUCUACAUUUCCUGGUUUUAAAACCUGGCCCAACUGAAUUUGUAACUGAAUAGUAAUGCUGUACUGCAUUCAGCCAGCUAGUGUUUCAGUGAAACAGCAUCGUAUUGUAAUUUCUAACUUAAUAAAAUCUAAAUAUUUAUUGUUUGAGUUCUUUUACAUUCCCUGAUAUCAGUUUACAACCAAAAUGAAAACAGUGACAUUCCCAUUUUUUAAUGCACAGGACCAACUCAUCAUGCACGUCUUCGUGAGAUCAUGGCUAAAAGGUGGCAAUAAUAAUUUCAUAUAGUGUAAAAAAUGUGUCAAAUGUUUCUAAAAUAUUCAUACUGAAUGUAUGUAAUUAGUGUUUUUAUUUUCUUUGAUAAUAUAUUGAGUGUUUUAAGACAGGUAACUGUCUGGUAACUGUCUCAUGCAGGAUAUAAUACCUAAGUAUGUUUGAUCAAAAUCUCCUUCCAUGUCUUAUCACUUCUGGCUGUCUAUGCUUUUAGAGGUACUUUACUACCUAAAACUAUACAACUUGUGGACCUACUUUUACAAUAAAAUGACUCAACAUUAAAA